AUGAGUGGCUCUCAAUCAAAAGGCAAAGUCAAAAUUAGUCAUGUCAUUUUUGAUUUUGACGGGAUUCUGGUAGAUUCAGAAGGCUUGUACUCGAUUAUGCACGGAAGAAUGUUGGCCAAAUGGGGCAAAACGUUCGAUUUGAAACAGAAACUGGCAAUUCAAGGAAUGAGAAAACAAGACGAGGUUUACACAAUUGUGAAGAUGAAUGGCCUGGAGGGCAAGGUUACAAUCGAAGAGUAUGAAAGGGUAUGGCUGUUUUGAAUGUAAUACAAUGGAAGGUUUUAUUACCUAUAACUAGUUAGUUAGUAUUAUUCAGUUUUAUAUUAUGUUACUUUUAAGUUUAUUAUUCUAGCUCUAACUAUCUAAGAGAAAGUCAUAUUUGUUUUUAUGCUUUUUUAUAAUAAGCCUACUACAGCAUUUUAGCAAUACAAAGAAUUGUACGACGAGUUCCUUCAGGACGUGAAGCCGAUGCCAGGAGCCGACCGGUUGAUCCGUCACCUUCACAAGCACAAGGUUCCCAUAGCCAUCUGUACCUCUUCAGCGGCCGACGAGUUCGAGAUCAAGACCAGAAAGCUAAAGGAAUGGCUGGACAUGAUUCCGCUUCGUAUUUUAGCCGGCUCCGACGCUCGUGUCAAAAGAGGAAAGCCGAAUCCGGAUCCAUACCUGGUUUGUGCCAAGGACAUGGGCGUUUCCGACGUGAGCAAAUGCAUCGUGUUCGAGGAUUCUGUGAAUGGCUGCAAGUCCGCGUUGUCGGCAGGAAUGCACUGUAUCAUGAUUCCUCAAGACGAGUUCCUUUGUGAUGCUUCCAAGGCCGAGAUAGAGGGAUUGAGACCCAAAUUGGACAACAUUCUAAAGAGUAUGGCCGACUUCAAGCCUGAAGAGUUUGGGUUGCCUGCUUUUGAUUGA